CAUGGCUAAUGAAUUGAGGCCCUGCCCGUGUGAUAUUGGAGACAAGUUCGACUAUGGAGGCCGUGGGCAGGAAGUGCAAGUUGAGCACAUCAAAGCGUAUAUUUGCAGCCCCCCUGCCAGCACAGACAAAGCUGUGAUUGUGAUCAUAUUUGGAUGGCAACUCCCAAACACCAGAUACAUGGCUGAUAUGCUUGCGGCUAAUGGAUACAUAGCCAUCUGCCCAGACUUUUUUGUGGGACAAGAAGCUUGGAAACCUUCUAAUGACUGGGCGUCUUUCGAUGAUUGGCUGAAAACUCGAGAUGCUGGCAAAACAGACAAAGAAGUUGAUGUCGUCCUGAAGUAUCUAAGGGAGCAGUGCGGCGCAAAGAAGAUUGGUGCUGUUGGGUUUUGCUGGGGUGGAGCAGCAGUACAACAUCUGAUGCUGAAAAACCCUCAUUUGAAGACAGGGGUGUCCCUCUAUGGAGUGAUCAAGUUCUUUCAGGACAGAUCCAGUUUGCUUCACCCCACCUUUUUCAUUUUUGCUGAAAAGGAUGAUUACAUCCCACUGCAGCAGGUUACACUACUGGAGCAGAAGCUAAAACAAAACUGUAAAGUUGACUAUGAAGUUAAAAUUUACCCAGGACAGACGCAUGGGUUUGUACAUCGCAAAAGAGAAGAUAUCAAUCCUCAAGAUAAACCUUAUAUUGAGGAAGGAAGACAGGAUAUGAUCAACUGGCUGAAUAAGUAUCUUUAGCAUAAAUAAAUGCCCAUAAAAUAGAUCAAUUUUUAUAGGGAGUCAGAAAAUAAUGAAGACUAUAUUGAUUAAAAUGUUUGUAAAACCAUCAUAAUAUUUUGUAAAA